AUGGCCCAUAGCGUUUGCACCCUUGAGUACUCUAAAGAAGAGGGCGCCAACCUGUGCGAGCGCGCACCCUCGUUCGGGGAAGACUGUGUGCAGAUUGUCUCCAAGGUAGCUCAACACCCGGCAAGUAGACCCCCUCGUAAAAAGUAUGGCAAACGCAAAGGGGUCGUUCGGAGGAGUGCCGGGAAGAGAGAAGCCUCAGGAUCACUGCCAGUUGGUGCAGAGAGUGAGGAUGCCCUGUGCGGUGACAAAUCACCGGUGCACACGACCUGUGCCCCUGCUCCAGCAGAAAGGCCAAGAAAGGCAUCACGGAGGUCCAGCGCGUGCCACGAUUUCCCGACACUGUCGGGACACGAGGGAGAGAAAGAGGGCAAGGCAAAGGCACAAGCCUCCACGGCUGCGUCCCGGCGUCCCACAGUCCUGGAGGAGGGUGCAUGUGCUAAUGAUAGACAGGUGGCCCCAUCCCAGCCAGUGGGUCUCAUCCCCAGUAUGCCCAUAGCUCUGAACGCAGAGGCACAGGACACCUGGCCGAAGACCGUGGCUACUCACUCCGCGUGCUCUGCCCUCUCAGGGAAUGCUGAGGAUCGUGGAGAGGGGGCCUCGAAGCCAGGCGUGGAAGGGGCGGCGGCUUCUUCCGGGUCCCCUGCCCCCUCCAGGUCCCCUGCCAUGAGGCUGCGUGACUCCCUCUGUCUGGCAGACCGAAUUAGGAAGCUACAAGCGGCAGUUUCUUCAAAAGGACUGCAAGAACACCGACCUCCUGCUGACUCGAUGUCUAGGAAUCCCAUCCGCAAGGCUAAAAUGGAUGGCGCCGUGGUGAAGAGUGUCAGCGCGUCGGAGAAGACCGCACGGGUGCUCUUGAUUGAGGCAGACCUGCGCCAGGAGAGGAGCGGCAUCCGAGUUCCUCUUCGAAGACUGAAGCCCCUGGAUUGCAGAGAGAAAGACAGACUCCUGCAGAGAGCCAGGAAAGUGCACGAGCAAGGUGUUAACUGGUGUUUCUCCCUCAUCUCCCACUACACACAAGCCAUCGGCCGGGGUUCCUUCGUGGGCUCUUUCCUGGACUAUUAUGCCGCCGACGUCAGCUACCCACUCAGGAAAGCCAUCCAAGAGGGCCCGCUGGAGGUUGACUUUCCAAAGGUGAACUAUGCCGACCUGGAAGACUCUGAGGAGGAGACCUCCCUGGGCGGGAAGAGGCCCUGCAAGAGGAUUCUCCCCGACAGGAUGAGGGCCGCUCGGGACCGGGACAACCGCAAGCUGGUGGACUUCAUCGUGAAGAGAAGGGGGGCCGACCACCACCUCCUGGACAUCUUGAAGGGCAGGAAACAGUCCAGGUGGCUGACAUCAUUUCUGAAUUCACCAAGGCACAGGCUCUGCGUUGAAACGUACCUGGAAGAUGAGGACCUGUUGGAUGUUUUGACGAAACAUCUACAAGAAAUCUAUACACAAAUGGACAACACCAUGCUGACUCUCAUAAGAGACGACAAAGUAAAUUUUGUUCUGGAAGUUCUCCUGCCAGAAGCAAUCAUUUGUUCCAUCGCAGCACUUGAUGGGCUGGAUUACCAGGGGGCAGAAGAGAAGUAUCUGCGAGGGCCCCCCGUGCACUACCGCGAGAAAGAACUAUUUGACAGAAACAGAUCUGAUGCCACCCGGCAGAAGACUGGCGUCUCGGAUGCCUGGCUCCCACCGGGUGCCCAGGAUGCCCGGGAGAAGCUUUUGCAGGAAGCCGCCUGGUUGCGGAUCAAAGGGCAAGUGCGGGAUGGCAGAGAGAUGUUGAAAUCCUACAGGCAGCAGAGCACAGUGUCCCAGAAGCCCCGCCAGCUGCCCGAAGCCCUGGGGAAGAUCAGCUGGAAGAGGAGUUCCCCUUCUCCCUUCAUGAGCCACCCAUUGGGGCAGUGA